GCGCGCUGGCGAGAAGGCUGCGCCGCUGCCCCUGCAGCUGGACUGCGCUUCGCUCCGCACCCGGCCGCCCUGACGCCGGCCGGCGCCCCCCGGAGCUUCGGGGAACGCCCAGGGCACGCAGCCCGCCCAGCGCCGGAUGCCUUCCCGGCCCCGCGGCCGUCCCGACGGGCGAGGGGCGCGUAGCUGCCCCGGCGAUGUGUUGUAAACCUGGGAGUCACAGGCGGCUUGAAUUCACGCAGACCUCUCGGGGCCAGCUGCCUCCGAUAGAGCCUCACGUCUGUCUCCUCAUUGAGGAGAGUUAGCCCCCGCCCCUUCCACCUGGUUCUGAGCCUCAAGUUAAAGGUACUGCAUUAGGAGCCGCCGUUUCAUUCUUCCUCCUUCCUACCUGAAGAGAGACUGAAGAUUUUCAGAAGCCCAUGUGGCACGGUGGAAAUGGUCCUGAACUUUUGGAGGCUGGUUUUGGAGCUUGGCCGUGACCCUUACUAGCUUUGUGACCUGAGAAACUGAUUUUCCGUAUCAAUAAAAUCAGAUAAACACUACAGGUAAAGACUGGUAAAAAGAAACACAUUUCUGAAGUGCCUGGAAAGGAAAAGCACUGGUCAGUAUCACGUGGACAAGUUCAGUGUUUUCCAAAGAUGCUGUUGAAGUAGUCUUUGCUACUGCUUUUCUUCAAAGUUCUUCAUAACAUGGGCUGCAUGAAAUCAAAGCAAACUUUCCCAUUUCCUACCACAUUUGAGAGUGAGAAGCGACAUGCAAGUGAAGAAAGCUUUAUGUCUGAAGAGCGAUUUCUACCUAGGAUGCCUUCUCCAGUUAAUGUCGAAGAGGAAGUGAAAGAACCACCAGGGCCUGAAAUGGUAGUCUUAGAAUUUGCACACCGCCUAUCCCAGGAAAUCUUGAGUGAUGCCUUGCAGCAGUGGGCAGGCAAUAACAUCAAGUACAAUGACAUCCCAUACAUUGAGAGCGAGGGGCCUUGAUGCCAUAGGAUGAUGAUAACUUUCUUGAAUUGUGGAUAAAGUUGGUGCUAGUUUAAACACAUGAAAUUAUAGCAAAAACUGGUGUGAAUAAAUACAAAUAACUCCAUCUGGAUGUAAAAAAUGUAAGAGUAUAGGAGUAUCUAAAAUGAAAUGUUAAGCACUUUUAUGUUAAUAGCAAUUUCUAUCUGCUUGGUCUUGGGAUUUGAGUCAUUUAGAGGGCUAAAUAUAGGUCCUGCACCCCAGUAAUCAGCGGUAUGUCGUACCACUUUCUUCCUGAGGCACUAGUAGUAUCACCAAAGAAAUCAAAUGGUUAUUUUAAAGACACUCCUUUUAAAAUAACUAUUUGUUAAUUUACACACAGAAACAAGUUAUGAAAAGGAUUUUUCAGAUGCCUUGGCAAGGAAAUGGCACUGAAGCCACAGUAAUUAAUAGUGGGUUGUUUGUCAAAACCAUUUGUGUUAAGGAUCCCUACUUAACACAAAUGAUCAAGCAGUAGAAAGCACCCCUUGUAGAAGUAGUCCAUCUUGAAACCUGUCCUUAACUACUACCUUGAACCUCAGGGCCCUAACUAACCACAGCUGUUAUUGGAUGACUCAAGACUUUGCACAUAAGGCAUCUGAACAGGAUACAAUUUACAGAAGUCAUGACAUUAAUGUUUAUGGCACUGAAUUAAGCAGCCCAGUGAUAAAACAAGAAUUUUUACAAACAGCAAUCCAGUAAGUUUUAAAAUAACAGAAGCCCUAGUCAAGGUAGAAAGCAGAACCUGUUUGCAGUGCUGCGUGUAUAUGAAAUUUUACUGUCUCAGAUGUAGAGGGUCGGUAUAAUGGGCACUCAUUCCCAUUUUUAUUCUUGAUUAGUGGGGCAGUCUAUGCAUGAGGCUAUACCAUUGCAUUACAAAACAGAAGAUCAAACACUCCUCCAAAGAGAGUACUCAUGUAUUUUUUUUUUAUGGUAACAACGCACAUAAGGCAUUUACAGCCAUAUUUUCUUAAAUUUGGCUACCUUUUUGGGGAAGUUUUUUUUUUUUCCCCCCAAGAAUCAAGUACUGUUUAAAAUCAAUGGUAACAGAGAAUUUGGGAGUGAAGAAGAUACUGAGAAAACAUAACCUGUAGAAAAAUUGGGACUCAGUCUCUACAAUGGUCUUUUCAUCCAGAAUUGCUACACACUGAGUUUAGUUGGAAAGGGAAUUAUUUAAGUCUGUGUGCAUUAAAUUCUAUUAUUAAGAUUCAACAGACCCUUGUCACUGACGAAGGCAGAAAGACUUGUGACCUCUUUAAUGAGAUAAAUAUAUAUUUGGCCUUAUAAGCAGGCAGAAAUGCUACCUCUAAUUUUAACGACUAUACUUUGAAACCUGCAAAUAGAGUGAAUUCUCCCAAUUGCAUGGACAUGCCAUCUUUCAGUUGCCUUUGGACACCUAGUCAUUCAACUUUCAUUUCCCCUAGUCCCAAGAUUUGAACUGUCCUGUUGUGCUUGCAAUCUAGAAACUUACAAAGUACAAAAACCACCACCCCUAAGGAUCUGAAGUUCUAAGGCUAAGGAACAAAAGUCUUCUGAAAAUGCAAAACACCUUUCAAGCUCAUGAAGAAAAAUUUAGGUUUUUGAGUAUACUAAUGACUCAGACAAAAGCCUAGACGUUGCCAUUUUUCAUUUUCUAUCUCACAUCAGGCCACUUUUGCUGCAAAGUCAUUUACUAUUUAAAAGAUAUAUUAUGGUGAGAACACAAAAGCCAUAGCCACACUAAAUUUUUCAGCAUACACAGGGAUGUAGACUGUUGAGUUUUCUUAUAAAUAUUUAACCUCAGGUUCUGUGCCUGGGCCCCUAUUUCCCAGGAGUGUAGCAGGGAUGCCUGCCAGAUCCACAUCCCACUAGAAAUCUCAUCUCUGUUGCCACUCUGACAGUAUGGUUUUGUCACCAAGCAUCAACCCCUCGCUCCUGAAUCAUUUUAACAGAGUAUAAGAUCUUACAACAUAGAAUUAUCUUGGAAAUAUGCGCUGUAUUAUAUCAAACCAAAUCAGUGAGUUAGUCAAUAAACCAAGUUGGAGGCAGGCAGGAAAAAGCACCGGAUAAACAAAUUUGUGCUGCAUGUGCUAAUCAUCAAGAUAUAGUUUGGCCUUGAUGACAAAACAGAUGAGAACAUCUUUGAUAGGAUAACUUCUUUCAUACCUUCAUAUCUAAAUACUGGAUUUACUUCAUUUUGAACUUUCACAAACAGUAAAAGAAUGGAAGAUCUAUUUGAGAAGGAAGGAACAUAUAAAACAGAAGACAAAGAGUUAUUAGCUACCGGAAAGGGAAACAUUUGUUCCAACUUACACAUCACAAACAGAUGAAAUAAUAGUGGCCAAAUUAUACGGGAAAGGAAACCAGGGAAAAAAGGGCCCAAGAAACAGCACUUACAUCAGGCUCCAUCAGAGGACACACUGCAAAAACAAGUCUCCAGUGUUCUCGACUAAGGGAAGGGGCACAGUAGCAAGUUCCUUUCUUUACCACACGGACAUGUGCCCAACCACUGAAUCUUUUCCCUUGAGAACAUCCAGGAUAGAGGCAGAUGAGCUGCCACCCAUGUGACAAGGAACCUCAGAUGGCAACUGUAAACGCAGAUUACCAGAGAAGUGUGAACCCCACAACCGUGCUUCACUGCUCCCUUUGCCAGGUAAAGGUCUCUUGUGUGCUCUUACCUUUCAGUUGCAAAGCCUCUGAUCCCAGAGUUCUCAAUUUUCAGUUGCCUUAUCUGUUCUUUGCAAAUGACCUGUGGUCAUUAGCACUCAAAGCACAAUUUAAGGGGAUAAAAAUGAUCUUAGUUCCAGAGGAAUAAUUUGUGUCAAAUUGCCUUGUUAGUAUUAAAAACAGACACAUUGAAUGAAGGAGACAGCAUGACACUCAUAUCCUACUUAAUAUCACUGGAAUUUUAUGAGAAGAGGGAACUAUACUUUUUGUAUUAUAUAGUUUUAGAAAUCAAAGUUAGAGACACAUGAUAAAGUCAAGGAAUAGUAAGGUAAAAACAAAGUUCCAACAAAUACAUUGUUUGCUUGAUCAUAAUGCCCUCAUCCUGUAUUUGUGUGGCCAAACAGGACAUACCUCCCUCGGAGCAGUGGGCACAAGCUCAGAUGUACUCCCUGUAUCUUACUUUGCAAAACUCAAGUUUUAGUAAUUCUCUUCCCUGUAAGACUUAGCUAUGAAAUGGUAUUUUUCCAAAUAUUUUUGUGAAAACAUUUUUCCUAACCAUACACUAAAAGUCUAGUUGCCAUUAACCAGUUAUAAGUUCUGAUUAAAGCAAAUGCCUUUCAAUAUUGUGUACUGUCAAAUUUUUUGAUAUAAAGAAUAUCUUUUCUGCAUUUCUAAUGAAUACAAAGUGGAUAAAAAUCCACUGAUACAAAUAAUUUCUUGGAUCAUUCAGGUCCAAUCUGAGAGCUUUAAGAAAAUAAAUGUAAACAUGUCCAUUGUCAUGCCAUCUGUAUUCUAAAUCUAUUCUUGACUUUUUUGGGGGGAAAAUGCUUCAUGUUAAAUAUUUAGAAAAUUUAAAGCAACUCCUAGAUUUCAAUUCCCUCAUCUAUAAGAAGGGUGCAGGAUAUAAUCUUUGACGUCUUUUUCAGUUCUGCCACUUUCUGUUCUUAAAAACCAGAAAUUCUCUUAGUUUCUGAAUGGUCUGGGAUGAAGGGAAAACUAUAAUAAGUCAUAAAAUAAAUGAUAAACUGAUCUUUAAAGAUUAUUCUUACCUUUAAUGUCCCAAGCCUGGAACACCCUGCAGUUUCUUGUAUACCUUAAGAAAAACUUAUUUUGUCAACAGUUUUUGAACAUGUUUCUAUUUUGAACAAAAAGCCCUUUUUAUUUUCCUCCUGAAUUAGUCUAUGUAACAGCAAAUAACUUAUCACACACAAGUUUAAUGUAAAUUGCAGAAAGCAAUGUGUCUCUAUUUUAGAGACUGGAGUUUCCUAAUUCCUCAUUCUUUCAGAUUAACAAAUCCUACAAAACAACCAUCACUUUCACCAUAGGAAGGGAUUCUGGUUAACUUUAGGGAAGACCAAAGCUGAGUUAAUAAUACUAGAGAGACA